UCUCCCCAUCCCAGUCUCUUGGUGCGCAGGGCUGAGCCCUGGGGGAGGAAUUCAGACUGAGAAUGUGCCAAACUCAUCGCACACAUGAGCUCUAGUGCCAUGACGCAGGGAGUGGGAUGGGGACAAAAGGGGGCAGAUGGGGAUCCACCAGCCAUGCUCUGAUCUCUCCUCACAAGAGGGUCCCAAGCAGCAUCAUCGAGAACCAACCACUGCUGACAUCUCUGACCCAGAAAGACACCAGAAUGCUGUGGGACCUCAGGCACCUCACCAUCUCCAACUCGGGGCUGCAGCACAUAUCUGACGAUGCUUUCCAGGACACCCACAGGCUGAGCCAUGUGAAUCUCUCCUUCAAUGCGUUGACCAGCCUCUCCUGGAAAACCUUCCAGCAUCUGCCCCUGCAGGAGCUCAUCCUGGAGGGAAACCCCUUCAAUUGCUCCUGUGGGAUCCGCUGGCUGCAGCUGUGGCAGAACGGGAGCCGUUCUGAGCUGGGCAACCAGUCACUGGUCUGCUGGGAGGGCAGCGCACUCGUGGCCCUGGGCAGCCACCUCCUGUACGGCUGUGAGCCCCCCACCGCCCGCAUUGAGCACCCCGAUGUGGUGCUGCGCCAAGGGGACAGCGUCAACCUCACCUGCCACAUCUGGGGCGAGCCACCAGCCACCGGGGAGUGGGUGCUCCCUGACAUGGGAUCAGAACCAUCUGUCACCAAGCUCUCGGAGUGGGAGCUUGUCCUGGAGAUCAACAACAUCUCCUCCAGCCUCAACCACAAGGACCUCACAUGCCGGGCAGAGAAUGAGGCGGGGCUGGCGGAGGACAGCGUGAUGUUGAAUGUCACCUUCCCGCCGGUGAUCCUGCUCCUGCAUGAAGCCAUUUCGCAGCACUUCUGGUGCAUCCCCUUCUCAGUGGACAGCAACCCAGCGCCCAGCAUCCUUUGGUUCUUCAACGGCUCGGCGCUGCCUGAAGGGCCCUACAUCCACACGCGCAUUGUGGAGUAUGAGCCCAACUCCACCAUACUGCACGGCUGCCUCCAGCUCAAUCGCCCCACGCAUGUCAACAACGGCAACUACACCCUCGUGGUGCAGAACCCCCUGGGCAGCGCCACCCGCAGCAUCCAGGGCCGCUUCAUGGACAACCCCUUCAGCUUCAGCCCCGAGGAUCCCAUCCCCGUCUCCAUAUCUCCGCUGGGCACCAGGAACAGCUCUCUGGAGGGCCCCGUGGAGACAGCAGAUGAGCACACGUUUGGGGUCUCUGUGGCCGUGGCUUUGGCUGUCUUCGCCUCCCUCUUCCUCUCCGUCAUGCUCAUCGUGCUCAACAAGUGCGGGCACCGCUCCAAGUUCGGCAUUAACCGCUCAGCUGUGCUGGCCCAAGAGGAUGACCUGGCCAUGUCGUUGCACUUCAUGAACCUGGGCAGCAGCCCCAUGUCCUCCACAGAGAGCAAGCUGGAUGGGCUGAAGAGCAACUUCAUUGAAAACCCACAGUAUUUCUGCAACGCCUGUGUGCACCACGUGCAGCGCCGUGACAUCGUGCUCAAGUGGGAGCUGGGUGAGGGCGCUUUUGGGAAAGUCUUCCUGGCCGAAUGUUCCCACCUCCUCCCGGAGCAGGAGAAGACGUUGGUGGCUGUGAAGGUGAGGGGUUGGGGAUGGGGGUCCCGGGCCGGUCGGUGCCAGGUUAACACCAUGUGUUUGCAGGCACUGAAGGAGGUGACGGAGAGCGCGCGGCUGGACUUCCAGCGGGAAGCGGAGCUGCUGACGGUGCUGCAGCACGAGCACAUCGUCAAGUUCUACGGUGUGUGCACCGAGGGUGAGCCCCUCAUCAUGGUCUUCGAGUACAUGAAGCACGGAGACCUCAACCGCUUCCUCAGGUCCCACGGGCCGGAUGCUAAGAUCCUGGACCAAGGGCAGGGGCAGCCCUGCGGGCAGCUGACGUUAAGCCACAUGCUGCAAAUCGCCACGCAGAUCGCCUCAGGUAUGGUCUACCUGGCAUCCCUGCACUUUGUGCACCGUGAUCUGGCCACCCGCAACUGCCUGGUGGGCCACGACCUGGUGGUGAAGAUCGGGGACUUUGGCAUGUCCCGUGAUAUCUACAGCACCGACUACUACCGGGUGGGUGGUCGGACCAUGCUGCCCAUCCGCUGGAUGCCCCCUGAGAGCAUCCUGUACCGCAAGUUCACCACUGAGAGUGACAUCUGGAGCUUCGGCGUGGUGCUGUGGGAGAUCUUUACCUACGGGAAGCAGCCCUGGUACCAGCUCUCCAACACCGAGGCCAUCGAGUGCAUCACGCAGGGCCGGGAGCUGGAGCGACCCCGCACGUGUCCCUCCGAGGUGUAUGACAUCAUGCAGAGCUGCUGGCAGCGAGAGCCACAGCAGCGCCAGCGCAUCCAGGACAUCCACAGCCGCCUGCAGGCCCUGGUCAAGACUCCUCCCAUCUACCUGGACAUCCUGGGCUGAGAGGGAACCCCAUCACCCCCAGGCUGGCCGGAGUGCUCCGGCACUGCUCCCACUGUCCCCACACCUUGGACAGAUGCCCUGAUACUGGAGAGAGGGGUUUAAACUCUGUUUGUCACAGCGAGCCCCCUGGGGGGCUGUAGGGUUGGAGCUGUGCCCGCGGUGGGGGGGGCUGUGGCUGUGGCAUUUCCCUACUGUGGGUUUGCCCCUAGAGCGACACAACCAGGACCCCCAGCCCCGCGGGGGGGGCACUUGGCUGCUCGGUGUCAUGGCUGCUCCAUCCCUCCCCAUCCCAGUGCCUGGCCAGAUGGAUGCCCUGCGUGCUCUCCCAGUCUGCGGUGAUCCUGGUCGGUAAUAAAAGUGUCUACUUCUCUGCUGA